GCCGAUCGCUCCGUGCGGCCGAGCCGGGUUGUGAGCUCGCCGCCUUCAGUACAACGCGGUUGUUGUCGACUUCAUGCUGGUUUCAUCUUGACCUACCUUUCAUUUUCAAUCAGUGAAAGCGACGUUGCGUGACUCGUGUCCGACAUGAAGUGCGUUCAGUGCAGCGUCCAACGCCAGAAUCCGCGCGGUGGACAGCCGCAGUGGACUACUCAAUAAUCCAGUCUGUGUCAGUGGACAAUCUCUGAAGGUCAAAGGUCAUCUCCUCUCCCAGCGGACAUGGCUCUGAUCUCACUGGAAGACCUCGACGGAUUGGACGACGAACAGCUGGACGAUGACAUCACUGACAACCCCGAGCCAAUGGAUGAAGAGGACAGAGAUCGACUGCUGACUCACUGGCAGGCCGUCGCCAGCACCCACCACGUGUCAGUACCUCCAGACAUGACCGGACCCAUACAGGAAAUGACCCGCAACCGCCAGCAGAGGGAGCCCCUCCCCUUCACUCCGAUAUCCCACCAUGAGAAGAUGGGGGAGGUGAUGUACGAGGAGCGGGUGUAUCCAGCAGGACACUGGGCCUGUGUGACCAAAGGGGAGGAUCUGUACGAACAGAGCAUCUCCAUGGGCUUCAUGAAACUGAUGCGCUUCAUCUGUAAAGAGAAUUCUGCAGGUAGCUACCUGGGGAUGACAGUGCCCGUGGUCAGUAACAUCCACAUGAUGGGGGACGGAGCCACGUUUGAGAAAGACGUCCAGACUUUGUUCUUCCUGCCUGCUGAGUUUCAAACCAGCCCCCCUCAACCCUUCGACCCUGAUAUCACCAUUGUCUACAGAGAGCCAAUCAGGGUCGUCGCCAGGGCGUUCUCGGGGACGACCACGGAGGAGACGGUGACCCGUCAGAUCAGUCUGCUGUGGGAGAUCCUCGGCGUCACCGACGACCUCCGCAGAGACGACUACAUGGUCGCCGUGUACGAGAACCCUGGCGUACCUCGCCGCAGGAACGAGAUCUGGUUCAUCAGACGCAACCUAUAGACGCCUUCCCAUCAGGCUCCGCUCUCUCACCACCUCCUUCUCUGGUUGACUGGUUUGUUGUGUACACACUUCCUAUAGCUGAAUUUUUUUUUUUUUUUUUUUUUAAUGUCAAACUGACCAAUCAGAGCAGGUUUCUGUUUGUUAGCCGGUCCGGACACUAAGCCCCGCCCCUCACCCCCUCCUGUCCAAUCAGAAUGCCUCUCUCUAGCUAACUGUCAGUCUACUGGUUCACACUUUAAGAGGAUCCCGUGUGACUGCGCUACAGAGUAGUUCCUAAAGUCUAGUUCACCUCAAUCACAUCAGGAGAAACAAAACUAAAACUGCAGCGUCUGACGUCACCGCAGGGAAGCAACUUUAGGUGGAGUUUUCCUUUAAAGGGUUAAACAGCUGAGUUCAGUCUGCUGUCAGUUAGAGGUGGAAUAAAGGGUGGAUUCCCGGUUUUACUCCAGUCUGCAUCAGUCGAGUGUCCGUGUGAACAGGUCUCUGCUCAACAUGUUUCUGAUGGAAGUGAGGGAGACAAAGUCCGCAGUCCUCGUUCAUUGUGAAAGUGUUUUUUUCUGAACUAUCUGAAGCUUCAUCAGUCUGAAACAUGUUCAUAUGGACACGUGACGGUUUGAUACAGACUGGAGUAAAAGUGGGAAUCUGCCCUUUCAGCUGCAGCAGGUCUGACAGGUUGAAUCAAGCUGAACGUCUGUUUCACUACAGUGAACAUCCUGCAGACCUGAACCAGGUCUGGAGGUUUUAGAUCAGACUGAGGUUUUAGUGGCCGUGUUGUUACAGACCGUUUUUAGUUUCAUGAUGAAAGGACAGUGAAGAAGAUUGAAAGUGAAUAUUUUUGUAAAUUUUGAAGCUGUAGCUUUUAUAAAGUCAGAGCUGAGAGAUGGUUUUAUUCUGAUCCUCUUAAGGUUUUUCAAGGGUUAAAUGUAAAAUAAUGAAGCAGACGUUUGUCAGUGGCUCAAACUCUGACAGCAGGCUGGUUUCUACAGACGCUGUUGGAGUUAUUAAACGUCUUAUUUUUCUGGUCAAGGUUUCUAAUUAAAUUCCUCAUUUUAAAAGACAGGUGACUCCUUCCAUGUUUUCAAAUACAAACAGCACAUUAAACUAACACAUUUAAACAGUAACAUGGUUUUAAUCCUGCAGCUCUUUUAUAGUUUUUAUUUUCUGACUAUUUGACUUGAAACUUUUUUUUUUUUUAAAGACCAAACAGCUUUGUGAUUUUUGGUCGCUGUUUUAGUUCAUCCGGUUGAAGUUGUUGGACAAAUGUACUUAAGUUCAUUUUUAUUGUGAAAGUUUUUUUUCCCUUCAAUUCCAACAUUUGCGUAUAAAAUAUUAAAAUAAAAUCUCAUUUAAAAGUGACGUGUGAACCUCUUUCCUGCGUAAUUCAAACAUUAGGUGUUUCAUUUAUUUUUCAGGUGUUUAAGCUUCAGUACAACAGAAGUAAAACGGGUUUCAGGUUAAAGUACUUUUACUUCUAUUGGUGAUCAGUUGAAAAUCAAUGAAGUUUUGUUUAAAAUGUUAAGAAAUCUGUAAAGUUACUGUAACAAACCUGUAUAUUUCUAGUAAAACUUCACUUA